CCUAAACACCGCAUUGGAAUUUCAAAGUCACACAUCGAUAUAAGAGCGACAAACUGACCGAUUGCUAAAAAUUGUUAUAUUUAUUUAAUUUAAGCAUUGGUCUCUUGUCUUAGUGAAAAUAAUUAUCAUAUUCGCAUGCUUGGCUGUUAAACAAAGUGUUCUUUAGUGUGGACGUUUACUUUUGAUUUGUCACGUUGUGAGUGCACGCAAGUAAUCAAUCGGGAUGUCGAAUUGAGAAUUAAUUCAAUAAUUAAUUGCAAUAAGUGUGAUCCCGCCUGCACGGAAGUUAUGAUGGUCAAGAACUUUACUUAAUGGUGGAUUAUCGUAAUUACAAAAUGUUGGGCAGCGAGGAGGAACUCGAGCCUCAAACACAUUCGGGAAUGACGAAAGCGGAACUAAGGAGGAGCAACAAACCUAUUAUGGAAAAACGACGACGUGCUCGAAUUAAUCAAUAUCUCGAUGAGCUGAAGAAUUUUAUACUCGUUAGUGAAAAAGAUCCGACUAGACAUUCGAAACUCGAGAAGGCUGAUAUCCUCGAAAUGACGGUGAAGCAUAUACAAACGAUGCAGCGACAGCAGUUGAAUGCUGCCGUCGCCAACGAUCCAGUGGUCCUAACGAAAUUCCGUACCGGAUUUUCCGAAUGUGCUACUGAAGUAUCGCGAUACAUCAGCCGCCUCGAGAACGUCGACCCUGCCAUCAAGCAACGAUUGGUAUCACACUUGAACAGUUGCGUGAGCCAUCUCCAGCAAAUGGCGCCAUUCUACAGUCAGUACGUGCCCUACAUGCCGGAACGUCUCUAUCCGGAGGUAAAGGUUGGUUUCCAGAGCGAUUUCCAGAAUGGGGAUGAGAACAACAACGGUAGCGCGAGAAUACAGAUACCGAAUGGAGUUCAAUUGAUUCCGAGCCGACUGCCGACAGGCGAAUUGGCAUUCUUGGUGCCGCAAUCCGCCGGAAUUUCCGCGAAUUUUCCCUUCUUUUCACCAGCUGCAGAGUCAGCUGCAAGGAUCGGUCAAUCGUCGGCCUUUACCGCGGUUCAUCGGCCGCACACCCCGCUGUUAAGCCCUUCAACUUCUACGUCGAGUUACGGCGAUGAGAGUCAUCAUUCGGAACAUCCACAGGCGACGACGCCUAACCAUCAUCAGCCGCAACAUCGAUUCAAAUUACCCGAGCAGAGUCCUGCGUCUUCAAAGAGCUUCUCAUCCUCGCCAGAGACCCAGAAACCGCAAAUUAGUUCAACUAGCGACCGAAAAUCACCCACAAUAGCAUUCUUGGAAUCUAAGACCGUCAAUGAUAAUGUCGCAACUAAAAAAGACGUUGCGGAAUGUUUGGACAAUGCCACUCAUAAUACGAAUGGUACCGCGAUACACGGUCUGCGACAACCGCUUUCCGUGAUCACGGACAAAACUUACAAUCAAGCCUCGAGUGGUUUGCUGCUCAAGAGAGAUGGUCUCAGGAAACGUCAUUCCGAUGGGCUUUUGGCGAUUUCAGAUAAGAGACCGAGAUAUCAAGAACCUACUAGUUCGACCUCUUCAAUGAAUAAUACCGAUGUGCUCAAGAGCACAAAUGAGCAAUCUCCCGCAAUUCCUAUCCAAGAUUUGUCAGGAAGUCAGAAUUGUCAGACACCGCAAAACUGCAAUUCAAAUUCCGAUAAGUUUCCAGCGAGUCCAGCAGGUUCUUUCGCUACUAAUGGCGAUAUGUGGAGACCUUGGUGAUCUUUAUUGCUAAAAAUAAAAGAUUAAAAAUAUGUCGAAAUUAUACAAUUAUUUCGAUUAUUUUAGAUAUUUAGUUCAAAGAAGCAAAUUAGAUGUAUGUUUUGAUUUCUAAAUAUAAACUUUCAAAUCACAAUUAAUUGGCGAGAGUGUGCCAUGAAAAUAUUAUUUUACAUAUUUUGUUAUUUGCUAACGGUUUGCGGAAAUCAUGAAUAAUCAGGAGAGCAGAAUUUUUACAUGAUAUUGCGUAUUUCUUGUUAAAUACCGCAUUUUAAAUUCUAGUAAAUAGAAUAAUUAAAGAAUAGUUUAAAGAUGAACAAGCUAAUUAUCGAUAGUAAGAUGGUUUCGUGCCAAAGCGUGAAAUAAAUUAUUUCCCAAACAAGAUUGUACUUGAUGCAUCUUUAUGCUGCAUCUCCGCCAUUUCAUAAAGACUCAUAAGCUUUAAAUAGAUUAAACAAUACUUUGUUAAGUCUGUCACACAACGCGUAAUAUGUGUGAAUAGCCCUGUAAAUAUUUCCGUUAUUAUUUAAUUAAUUAUAUAAAUACGUGUCUUAAUCAUAAAUUAUAAUUUUACAUAAAUCAAUAUUAUAUGAGUGACGACUAUUUUUCAAUGAUCUGCGAUUUUUAACGGUGGUCAGUAUUGUUAAUUAACACGUUCACUGUCACGUAACUCUUGAUGUACUCCGCAAGAGACCAAUUAAAAGCCACGAUUUAAAAUUAUGAUAAUUUUUUCCAAUUUUUCUUCCCAUUUUUCUUCCCAUUUUUGUUACCAAAUUGGCUCUAUGAUAUGUAGAAUUAUCUAAGUAUCGUAAAUUGUAUUUUAUUUGUAUGUUUAUAAAUUUUAUUAAUAUGAUAUUAAUUUAUCAUAGCGGCGACAUCAUUCAUGGCAGUUAACGUGUUAAAUAGUAUAACAA